AUGGCAGCGCGGGCGGGGGCUGCGUGCAAGGACCGACGGCGCGACGGUGCAGCGUGGUCCAACCUCUUCGGCGCGUACUCGGCGGCAACGGGCCAGGGCGUCGCGGCGAGGAUCAACGGCUUCGUGAACGCCUGCCGCGGCGGGGCGAGCGCCUCCUCCGUCUGCUCCUUCGUGGUUCGGCACGGGCUGUCGUACGAAGCGGUGAGCCUCUGCGAUGGUGACGCGUGCGACGAAAAAACCAGCGAGUGCUCCGACCCGGGCGGAUUCGUCAGGUGCACGUGUAAGACGGGGUACUUUAAGUUCAAGGACACGGACCGGACCUGCCGAGACUGCGGCAGUGGUUACUUCCUUCGGAACAAUGGAAGCUGCACGAGAUGCUCCUAUGGCUUUGGUGGUUUCAAUUGUGACGAUCCCUCACUCCUGGUGAUGGUGGCGAUGGCAGUCACCCUGUGCUGCCUGUUCCUCGCCAUGGCGUGGAUGGUGAAGAAGGCGUGUGGGAGGAGGAGGGCACGUGCUCGGAGACUCGUGCCCAGCAGGGUGCAGCUCUCUCCCUACGCCGACCUCCCGCCAGCGCCACCUGGGGCUCGCCGUGGCCGGGCGAGGUGCGGGAGCGCAGGGAGCCGCGUCAAACUCGCCCUUCAGCAGCAGAUCAGCAGCACAUCGUCUGAGCGUGCGUCGGAGGUGUGGCGCUACAGCGACAUGGAGAUGCACCGCAUGUCCAAGCUGGGUCGCUGCAACCUCUCCUACGUCGGGGACGAGGCCGGAAUUCGCGACUACUUCUGACGAUCCCGGCCAUAACACCACCCCGUCCACCCCUCCCCCCCUAUAUUGUUGUUGUUGUUAUUAUUUAAGCAUUUUUUUUGUUCGUUUGCCAAUGUAUUGAAGCUGGCUUCAAAGCAUUUGUCUUCCUCCACGGUGUAUUGUUUGUACGGUCGCUCUCUCGCUACGCGUCCUUUAACGUUUAUGCUUUUUCUUCUUGGUUCUUUCGGUAAAGUCACGUAGAAGGAAAAUAAUAAAAUAAUAAAAAUAAAACAUAAUAAAAUAAUUCUCACGACGUUUCGGCCACAACGACAGACCUGUUCUCCACCUGAAGACGGCAGACUCUGCCUUCUCGACAGACCUGUUCUCCACCUGAAGACGGCUGCUUGCGUUGUGGCCGAAACGUCGUGAGAAUUAUUUUAUUAUGUUUUAUUUUUAUUAUUUUAUUAUUUUCCUUCUACGUGACUUUACCGAAAGAACCAAGAAGAUGAAUCCCUGCAGUCACGAAAGCUUUAAAUCGAAACGUUUAUGCUUUGUUUAUGUCGAUUCAAAGCCAAGUGCAGAUGGACAAUAUUCACAGGGUGCCUGAGUGUAUUAAGCGGCCUUAAAAUUUCAGCAACCACGAUGCGUCUUUGGCUUGCAUCGCGUUUUGUUCGGCAUCAUGUGCGACGUUUCGCGCCGCGUGCUGCGAGCUUCUUCAGCAAUUGAGCCGAGCUCAAAUUGACUUGACGAAAACACGUUAAAGAGAGCUAAACAGGAGGGCACACACACACACAUACAUAGCACCUCGCACACUUCCCACGGAUAGCUCUGAGAGGUGGGUGCUCAGCUCGUACAUAGAAUCGUCUCAAUGCUGUCCACGUCCAGAUCCUUGUACCUGAGUGCGCGCUCCACUACGCAGACAGGACCGACCUCAUUUCAGCUGCACGUAAAAAAUCAUCAUCAAGUUACCAUUUCACCGGCUGAAUGUUGAAAGCACUCUACCGCAAUCAUGCCCUUCUACAAAUGUUACAUUUUGUCGAUGUACUGUACUAUACUCAACCCAUGAUGAGCAGCGUUCAUUUUCCAUUGGCAGCUUUUGUAUAUAGUUUACGUUGAACUUAUUUCGCACCGUGCGUAGCCAGCUAUAGCGAAGCUGCCCAAACAUGGAGGAGUCGUUCCUGGUCUCAGAAAUUCAGUGCCGAAUCAUUUGAAAAAGUCAGGAUUUUGUACCCGUUGAAAAAAAAUGUUCUGGCCUCUCUCCCGACUCGUGAUGUGGGCAAAGGGCGAGGCCAUCGGAGCAACGACCAUGCCGCCUGGCAGCGGUGUCAUCACGAUUGUUCAAUGUUUUAUAUAGAGAGCGUCCUUAAAACGAUUGUGUCACAAAACUGUUAAAUUAUUACCAAAUGUUACAUCACAGAAGGGGCCGAACCACCAUAGAAGGAACUCGUGAACAAGACUCUUUAAGAUAAUUGAUAAUAGUUUUUUUACCCCUUUAUCUGGCAACAAAACUGACACCUUUUUUUACAAGGAGUCAUGUUUACAUAGACCACAAUACCUGCAGUCGUAAUGCAAACAAAAAACAUAACUAUGAUAAUGUAUGCACUGUCCUUGAAGUUGAUUGGUCCACACCCGAGACAGCUUUCCUUAGAGCCUAGUCUCACAUGGUGUUGGACCAGAUGACCCCAAAAGGCGCACAACUCAAAGACAACGCACCAUCAGAGUAUGAAAGCUCGGGCUAAGCAUUUACACCAUUGGAACCUCAUUUGCCAGAAGAAAAAAUAUGAUAAUAGUUUUUUUACCCUUUUAUCUGGCAACAAAACUGACACCUUUAAGUGCAAGAAAUUAACACAAUUUACACGCAACGAGGACGCACUGCCUGAAAAUAUUACGUAGGCGUUUGUAGUUUGAACCAGGUCGGUCUCUCGGCUCAACUUCUGUAUUUGGGCACGGCGAGAGAACACGCGGGCGUGGCUAUGUGAAAAAGGGCGGUGUUUCAGAAAGGGGAAGGGCUGUACCACGUGCCACAGGUUGAACCUUCCCCCGGGGUUUGGGUCGCUUUUUAGACGUUGCACAUGAUACAUUGGCGGCUUCCUUUGCGCCCAUGACUUGUAGAACUUUACGCUAAAUCGGGUUUUGUUAGAAUGCCGCAAACCUUUUACAGUUGUGUUGUUUUUCUGGUCCGGUGGAGUGAAAGCCUGCGGCCUUGCCAAAGAUAGGGCACGCGUGCGUAGAUUCAAGUCUGGAUCAAGAAAUGUGAAUGGCAAAUUAAAAGACAACUUUCAAAGUACAGUAUUACAUUCAAGGUUUUAGUUUACUUGAGUAUCCCAUUGACAAUACUGGGUGUAUGGAUAGAAAUACAAAAGGCAUAGAGAUAAAUUACACAAUACAGUUUAACCAUAAUUUACAGCCCUUGAUCAAUCCUCUCGUGGAUAAAGAUCUCCACGUGCCAUUAGUUAAGA